AUGAGCGAAAGUAGUGAGUUACCCUCCGUUGUUACAGCUGUCCUAUUGGCACUUUAUCAGCGUCAUGAUCAGCCACUGGCUAUUAAAGCAAUAUCGGGAGUGGGUGAGAAUUCGUACGGCCAAGUGGUGCGCGUUAGUUGGCCAACGUUAAAGGAUGCCCAACCGAUUGUAGUGAAGAUUGCCCCACAAAAUGUAGCUAGGCGGGCACAUAUGCAUGUCGUUGACUACUAUAAGCGAGAGGUUUUCAUGUACCAAAGUGUAUUUCCGGCCUAUAUCGAGAUUCUAAAAGAUCAGAAUUGCUUUGGAUUGGUGCCUAAAUUGAUAGCACAUGGACUAGAGGCCCCUAAGGAGUUUCUAGUUUUUGAGGAUCUUACUUCAAGGGAUUAUGUGCCGAAUGCACGAAGUUCUCUGCCCACUUAUGAAGUGGUAACCUGUACGCUUAAGGCUCUGGCUGAUUUGCAUUCAAAGUCCUUUGCACUACAGAACAUACAACCCGAUAAGUUUGCCGAACUAGUGGCCCAGUUGAAGGAUAAUCUAUUUACCCCAGACAUGGAGACAGUUACCAUUGAGUUUGGCAAAGUUCAACUGCGACGCACGCGCCAAUUGCUUCAGGGAGAGAUUCCUGACCACAAAACAAAGCUUAUGAUGGAAGUCCUUGAUCACUGCGAGAAGAGAUUUAAGGAACUCGCUCUACACUGUGUGGCUGGGAAUAAACAGAAACCUUACUCUGUCAUUUGCCACGGUGAUUUUUGGAACAAUAAUAUUCUGUAUAAGCACGAGCGAAAAAGCGGUUUACCAAUUGAUGCCAUCCUCAUUGAUUUCCAAAUGUCGCGUUAUGCCCCACCAAUUCUCGAUCUUGUUUAUUACCUUUUCACUUGCACCGAGAAACCAUUACGAGAUGCACACUUCCAAGGUUUUCUGGAUACCUAUUACAAUGCUCUAGACCAAAACUUGGCUAGCUUGAAUCUACAAAUAGAUGAAAUCUAUCCUCGCCAAAUUUUUAAACAACAACUACAUGGCUUUGGUGUAUAUGGACUAAUAAUGGCUGCCUUUGCCAUGCCCUUUUUCAUAUCCAAAGCCAAUGAAAUUGUCGAUAUAGACGAAGUGUCUGAGGCCAUACAGGAUUUGAACACUUCAUCAAACGAUGCACCCAAGUGUCGAGAGUUGGUUGAGGAGUUUGAUAUGCUUAAUGAACGUACUUUGCCCAUAUUCAAGCGCCGUAUGACCGAUGUGGUAGAGGAUUUAAUCAAAUACGACAUGAUCGAAGCAAUAAUCACUAAGCAAUAGUAUAAAUAAAUAUAUAUGU